AUGGCCACCACGGUAGAUCGAUUGCAGGAUCCCGGCCCCAUCCAUCCCCCCAAGGUUGCUCAAUCGGCUAUCAAACCUGCGAUCGCCAGACCCAUUCGCAUCCGAGUCAUCGACCCCCUCGAUCACGAGGCCCCGGCAAUCUUACACGAGCCUCGCAGUUACAGUGCAAGAGAGGCAAAUGAAGCAGCAGCAAUAUUGAUCAGUGGCGCAGGGGGAGGAACAAGAAUAUAUCCCUCUCUGGCUGAUAAACUCGCCCUGCUCCUCGCAAUCCCCUGCAUCCGGCUCGACUACCGCCAACCUGCUCAGUCUACAUACUGCUCCGCAGACGUGGUGGCAUGCAUGGACUAUCUCUAUGAGCAAUACUCCUCCAAGAAGUUCGUCCUGGUAGGCUGGUCCUUCGGAGGAAGCCCGUGCUUCACAGUGGCAGCAGAGCAGCCUGAUCGGGUCUACGGCGUCGCCACCGUAGCCUCCCAGACAGCGGGUACAGACGGCAUAUCAAAGAUGAGUCCACGUCCCGUGCUGCUGCUCCACGGAACAGACGACACCUGCCUGUCGCCGGCGUGUUCGGAGACACUGUAUCGCUGCUAUGGCACGGAAGGGAAAAGGGAGUUGCGCCUGUUUGAGGGGGAUGACCACGGCCUGAGCAAGAACGCCGUCGAGGCGGAAAAGACCAUCUUCAAAUUCAUUGCCAGCACCCUGGGCUUUGAGAAGCUAUUGGAGGACGACUACACGAACGAGCAGGCCGGUCAGGACCUGGCUGGGAGUAAGAAGGAGAGGAUUGAUGAGAUGCGCGCUGGCCAUGAUUUUGAAGGAGGCGAGAGGCUAUAG